UCCUCUCUCCCUUCCUCCUCCUCCAGACUUCUACAAGCCAGCUGUGUCUCACAGAGAUCUGAACAGUCGGAACAUUCUGGUGAAGAACGACGGAACAUGUGUCAUCAUCGACUUUGGCCUCUCCAUGAAGUUGACGGGGAACCGGCCGGUACGGCAGGGAGAGGAGGAGAAUGCUGCCAUCAGUGAGGUGGGUACAGUCCGCUACAUGGCCCCAGAGGUUCUGGAGGGGGCGGUGAACCUGAGGGACUGUGAGUCGGCUCUGAAGCAGGUGGACAUGUACGCCCUGGGCCUCGUCUACUGGGAGACCUUCAUGAGGUGUACUGACCUCUUCCCAGGAGAAUCAGUUCCAGACUUCCAGGCAGCGUUCCAGGCGGAAGCAGGGAACCACCCUUCCUUUGAGGACAUGCAGGUCCUGGUGUCCAGAGAGAAACAGAGACCCAAGUUCCCUGAGGCCUGGAAGGAAAACAGCCUGGCGGUGCGUUCCCUGAAGGAGACGAUGGAGGACUGUUGGGACCAGGAUGCUGAGGCCAGGCUGACCGCUCAGUGUGCAGAGGAGCGCAUGGCUGAACUACUGCUGAUCUGGGACCAGACCAAGUCUGUCAGCCCUACUGUUAACCCCACUAGUAGCAGCUGUACCACACUGUACAAUGAGAGAAACCGCAUGGUGCCAAAGUCCGGCCCUGACCCCGCCUCUUCCUUCAUCGAGGAGCAGGAAGGCAUGGCUAAGAACACACAGGGCGACGCCUCCUCCGCUGUGAGUGGCCGGACGAGAGAUGGAGGUGUGGCGGGAGAAAGGAACAGGAACUCUAUAAACUACGAGCGCCAGCAGGCGUCUCACGCCCGUCUCCCCGGCAACCCCGAGGGAGGAAGCCCCUCCGCUGGAACCUCCACCUCCGCCCUCACCACCAUGACCUUCAUCUCAGAGUCCAGCCAGGGUCACGACCCCAACCCUAACCUCCACCUGACCCUGACCCAGGAGGACCUGGAGACCACCAAGCUGGACCCCAGGGAGGUGGAUAAGAACCUGAAGGAGAGUUCGGAUGAGAACCUGAUGGAACACAGCCAGAAACAGUUCUGUUCUCCGGACCUGCUGAGCCCCGCCUCCUCCUCCCUGCUCUUCCCUUUCAUCAAGAUGGCUGCCGAGGCACCUCCCCCCGCCGUGUUCCCUCUCCCCAAGCAGCAGAACCUCCCCAAACGACCCUCCAGCCUGCCGCUCCGCACCAAGCCGACCAAGAAAGACUCAUCCUCUCUGAGGUUUAAGUUCGGUCGCCAUGGCAAGUCCAACCUACGACAGGUAGAGGGCGGAGCUAAGACCAACGGUGUGUCAAACGUCACCGCCAUCUCCGAGCCCCACCGGGUCAGCGCCGUCAACAACCUGCUGGUCCUACGGGACCGCUCUGUGAACGGGCACGCGACCGGGUCCUUGCCAGCAGGGGGCGCCAGCAGCAAGGUGGGGCUCACACUAACUCAGAGCACUAACACUAAUGCUAACCCCCGGAGCUCUGAGGACGGCCAGCAGGGUCUGAUCACUGCCAGCCCAGACGAACACGAACCCCUGCUGAGCAGAGAGAGAGGACAACCAGAUCUCCAGACCUCUAACGCACGGCCCAACAACAACAACAACAACAACAACAACGGACUGGUGCUGGAGGAGGGAGAGGGGGAGAGUGACGGGGGAGGAGAGGAAGAGGAGGAGGGAGCAGGAGGAAGUACCAGUGGAGAGACCCCCUGCCCCCUGGGGGAGAGCUCUGUGUCUGGUUCCUUGUCUGGAUCUGGCCCAAACCCCAACCCUGUCUCCAUGAGAGGUGAAGCCCUGCUCAGGCAGCCUAAAGGAGGCCGGAGGCCGGAGAGACCCAACUCCCUGGACCUGUCCUUCACCACCAGAGACCUGGUCUCACUGGGGGAGGUCUUGGUCCAGAACCAGGGAACAGGGGAGAAGAUUAAGAAGCGUGUGAAGACUCCGUACUCCCUGAAGCGCUGGCGACCCGCCACCUGGGUCAUCUCCACAGAUACCAUGGGGUCAGAGGUGAAUAACAACAGGGGUGAAGGUCAGGCCCGGCCCAAGUCCAGCUCAGCUGUCUAUCUGACCUCUGAACCCAGCGACACCCGCGUCUGAACUCUGACCUUCAGAGGGACAACACAGACAGUAGUGUUGUUAUGACAACAGACAGUACAGUGUUUCCUGGGGAACAGCAGGAGGAAGCUACACAGAGUGUUGUAACAGCAGUUGGUUGUGUCCAGUCCAGUUUCUGUCUCUCGCUUUGUGUCUUUUGAUGACAUUGCUUUAAAUUGAAUCCAGCUAUGCAGCAGUCGCUUCCUUGUGGUUUAGUGGUUUAUAAUCAGGUUUGGUUGGCUUCUCAAUCUGUGACCAUGAGGAAGGCAGGUCUGGAAACAGGUGUUCUGUCUUUCAGCACCAUAAGGGGUUUGCUCCAGAAAUGACUAGCUACGGUCUUAAAGACUGAAUUAUCCACUUUCACCAGUUUUUCAUGCUAUGUUCAUUUGUAUAUUUGAUUAUGUAUCCCUUUUUUGUAUCAUAAUUAAAAUUGUGCAAUAGGAUAUACAGUGGGGAGAACGAUAUGGAUAUGGAUAUGUAUCUCCCCACUGUAGCUUUUAGGUGCUUUGUUAUGUUUUUAACACUUCCAUUGUUUUCUUGUUUCAUUUUUUAAAAUGUAAUCUCUGUGUUGCACUUAUAUAUGGACAAAAUCUCAAUCUUUUAUUCAGUCCGUAAACACUCUAUCGGACAACAACCCUCUCCUUAAAUCAAACAGCUGAAGGACGACCCAGAGUUGGAAUGUUAGUGGGACUGGGGGGACUACAAUCACCAGACAGGACUGGGACUACAAUCACCAGACAGGACUGGGACUACAAUCACCAGACAGGACUGGGGGGACUACAAUCACCAGACAGGACUGGGACUACAAU